AUGUUUGGAGUCUUUACCAUACGGCAACUCCUUUGUCUUGCACCCCUCACUGCAUUUGCCAAUUUUGCAUCUCGUAGCUUCAGCGCCGCACGUCCUCUCGCAGUCCUCCAACAGUCUCUUGAGCAAGUCGUAGAAAGACUCAGUCAAGAAGACAAUCCACGACACGUACUUGUUGGCGUGCUUUUCGGAGAACAUAGUACAUAUGUCACUGCACAAAGGCCUGAGAUACGGGCCACAGGGAUGCGAUGGAGUGUGCGAUUUGUCACGGGUGCAGUUGACAAGAGCAUACAGAUCACCGGUGAGAUGACUACUAGUCUGAUCGGCGGGCUUAGGGAUACCAUGAUCACUGCUCUUGAACAUAUCAGUGAUGUCCAGUGUGGUAUCAGGAUUAUCGAAAUCGACGCCGCUGACCGCUUUGGUAAACGCCGUCUCCCUGUGCUGCUUAAGUUUCUCAUUUGA